AGGAGGUGCGGAUCAGAUCGUUGCUGAGGAUCGCGCGCCUCUCCCUUCACUCACGCGAGGAUGCUGGUGGGCAAUGCCCGUGGACAAAGAGGCCGAGAUUUGCCAGAAAGCGCUGGAGCUUCUGUCGGAUCUCUGCUCUAAAGGGGAGGUGCAGAACGACAACUGCUUGGAUUUCAUUUACUAUUUCCGGGACCUGGCCAGACCGAGGUACUCCGAAUCAGAUGUAUCGGUGAGCCUGCUGUCACUGGUGGUGACUGCCUGUGGACUGGCCUUAUUCGGCGUCUCUCUCUUCGUCUCCUGGAAGCUAUGCUGGAUACCAUGGAGAGAGCGAGCUCCAUCACCUGGCACCAAAGAGGGCCAACCGGAGCACUCUCAUCCUCCUCCUCCACCUCUUCAACCACAGCCCAUAUACACAGAAGUGGAUGCCACUCUCGACCGCCGGACCCAGCCUCGAGGUUCAGUGGUUAAGGAGACAACUGUACCGCCUACGCCGGUAUCACCACCAGCGCCAGGGUCUCCUCCACCUGUCCCGGUGCCUGAGACAGCUCUGAAAAUUAGUCACACUUCACCCGACAUUCCUCUAGAGGCUGAGUCCAAUGCUCGGGAGAAUGGCGUCUAUGGCAGCAGAGGCAUGCAGAGGCAGAUCACUGAUCCAUCCUCGACGUGUGUUCGGUCAGUGAGGCCUGGCUCCAUUCGGCGUCACAUGAACCAGUCAAAUCCUGACUUCAUGGUCGCUCAGUUCCAGAGACAGGACUCUCUGACAGGCAUGAGUCUUGGCCGGCUUAAACCGGAGCUGUACAAGCAGCGCUCGUUAGACGGCGAGGAGAACCGCGGCGGUCGAGGUGGAACCUGCGGCCGCCUGCAUUUCAUCCUCAAAUACGACUGUGAUCUGGAACAGCUCAUAGUCAAGAUCCAUCGUGCCCAAGAUCUUCCUGCGAAAGACUUUUCUGGCACGUCAGACCCCUACGUUAAGAUCUACCUUCUUCCUGACCGAAAGACCAAGCACCAGACCAAGGUGCACCGCAAGACUCUGAACCCCGUAUUCGACGAGGUCUUCCUCUUCCCUGUGGCGUAUGCCGAACUUCCAACACGAAAGCUUCACUUUACAGUUUAUGAUUUUGACCGUUUUUCACGACACGACAUCAUUGGACAGGUGGUGGUGGACAACUUUUUGGAUCUGGUGGACUUUCCUCGAGAAACCAAGUUGUCCAAGGAUAUUCAGUACGUGUCCUCGGACAAUGUGGAUCUGGGGGAUCUAAUGUUUUCACUCUGUUACCUGCCCACUGCUGGUCGACUGACCAUAACAGUUAUAAAAGCACGCAACCUGAAAGCCAUGGACAUAACUGGAGCCUCAGACCCGUACGUAAAGGUUUCCCUGAUGUGUGAAGGCCGUAGAUUAAAGAAGAGGAAGACUUCUACCAAGAGGAAUACCCUGAACCCUGUUUAUAAUGAGGCUAUAGUGUUUGAUGUACCACCGGAGAACAUAGAUCAAAUUAGUCUUUUGAUAGCUGUUAUGGAUUAUGAUCGUGUAGGUCACAACGAGAUCAUAGGUGUGUGUCGGGUGGGUAACGAGGCAGAGAGUCUAGGCAGAGACCACUGGAAUGAGAUGCUUACAUACCCUCGAAAACCCAUCGCUCGGUGGCACCCACUUAUUGAGUACCAAGGGUCCGGCGGAGGAAGCCAGACUGGCUCGUGCAAUUCCCUGAAGACACCUCCAUCUCCAUAGAGUGAUUCCUGCUUUCAUGUUGGAACAUGAGAGAGCGAAUAGCUCUGUCCUGAGACUCGAGAAGCCGGGCAGUUUAGCUUCUCAGCUCCAGAUAUGAGCUUCUUUCACGAGAGCGGUCCAGAAGUUCCAGUUGGGUCUGAGCCAGGCCUCUGGAAGCCCUUCUUUGCAUGGGAAAACUUGAUUGUUUCAGCUGCAUGUUGAGUGGUCACAUACUGUAUGGUUGUUUCCGUCAAAAAUAUGGUGAUAUGAAAAGCACACUGGGGUUUUUGGUGUUAUUUGUUUUCCUGAUGUUGUAGUCACCCGUUUAAAAUAAAUAGCUUUCCAAUAAUUGAGGACAAAAACCAGCACACAGCUUAGCCAGAUUUCCAAGACACUAAAUAUGAGUAGCUGGUAAAAUUUUUGUCCUGCCAACCUUCCACUGAAGUAAAGUUACUCAGCAUUGGCUGAUAUUCUUCCAUGUAAACACUGGAUGACUGGAAUUGGGGGUGAAACUAGUCAACAAGAAUAUUUGUAUGGACGUCUGUAAGCUUAAUUUGAUUAAAUGUCUUAUUUUUUAGGAACGGACCAAUUUUUAACUGGAUAUUGUAACUAAUGUUAUAGUGUUAUAUGUAGAUCUUGAGGUCAAAUUGUUUGAAAUGAUUUAUAAUUAAUUUAUUUCUUUAUUUUUUUUACCUUUAAAGUGCACAAGUGUGUUUGGGUGAAGUUCUGUCCAAACCAUUAUCAUAAAAUAACAUUUGAAUAAUUCUGUCAGACACCGUUGUUUCCAUUUCUGGAUGAUUUACUUUGUGAGUAAAAAAAAAAGAAAUUUCAUGUUAUUAA